UUUGUUCUUUCCCUCUCUAAAUUGAAGCUCUAUAAGAAUAAUCAAGAGAUACCCAUUUUGUCUCAAGAUUCAAAAGUAUUAUACUUAUUUAGCUUUAUUAUUUAGAGAAGGGUUUUCAACAAAGAAAAAGAAAUGGCUUCUAUUAAUCCUUCAACAACAACUAGAACAGCUCUACCUUAUACCUUGGCAAGGAAGAACUUUAAGUUGUUCAAUGGAUUACAUGGAGUGACUUGGUUUUCUGCAAAUGGGUGCACAUCCAAUUCCACUUUGUUGAAGCUUGAUGGUAGUAAAUCUUCUUUCAGUAUUAAGGGUGUCAGAAAUACUCGAGCAGCACUAAUAUCUGAAGAAGGCGACCUGCUGUCCUAUUCCAAUGGCAAUAAUGAUGCUGUAAACGGAAGUUUCAUUGAUAACAAUUCAGUUGGAAUUAAACUACAGCCUGAUGCAUUAGAAUUUGGAGCUCUGGCAGGAGAUACUGCCUCCGUGCCCAAUGGUUUCCCCAUUGAUGAUGAUGAGUUUGAUUUGGAUUGCAGUACAGAAGGUUUUUCCUCCAUUGCUGAGGCCAUUGAAGAUAUACGUCAAGGAAAGAUGGUAGUGGUUGUAGAUGAUGAAGAUAGAGAAAAUGAAGGGGAUCUUAUUAUGGCAGCAGAGUUGGCAACACCUGAAGCCAUGGCUUUUAUUGUGAAGCAUGGUACUGGUAUAGUAUGUGUGAGCAUGCAAGGGGAAUAUCUUGACAGGUUACAACUCCCUUUGAUGGUUACCCAAAAUGAAAAUGAUGAAAAACUUCGUACUGCAUUCACAGUGACAGUGGAUGCGAAACAUGGCACAACCACAGGGGUUUCAGCUCAAGAUAGGGCAACAACAGUUUUAGCUCUUGCAUCCCAAGAUUCAAAACCUGAAGACUUCAACCGGCCUGGGCACAUUUUUCCACUGAGAUACAGGGAGGGUGGUGUUUUAAAAAGAGCAGGGCAUACAGAAGCUGCAGUUGAUCUUGCAGUUCUAGCUGGAUUUAGCCCUGUUGGGGUUCUAUGUGAGAUUGUGGAUGAUGAUGGCUCCAUGGCUAGAUUGCCGAAGCUUCGCCAAUUUGCGCAACGGGAGAAUUUGAAAAUUAUAUCUAUUGCUGAUUUAAUCAGGUAUAGGAGGAAGAGAGAGAAAUUAGUAGAUCGUUCUUCUGCUGCUCGGAUACCAACAAUGUGGGGUCCAUUUACAGCGUACUGUUAUAGAUCCAUCCUAGAUGGCAUUGAACAUAUUGCAAUGGUUAAGGGUGAGAUUGGUGAUGGGCAGGAUAUUCUCGUGAGAGUACAUUCAGAGUGCCUCACAGGAGAUAUAUUUGGCUCUGCCAGAUGUGACUGUGGGAACCAGCUGGCACUUGCAAUGCAGCAGAUUGAGGCUGCUGGCAGGGGCGUCUUGGUCUAUCUACGUGGGCAUGAGGGAAGAGGCAUUGGUUUGGGCCACAAGCUUCGCGCUUACAACCUACAGGAUGCUGGGCGUGAUACAGUUGAAGCAAAUGAAGAGCUGGGACUGCCUGUUGAUUCACGAGAAUAUGGCAUUGGUGCUCAGAUACUACAGGAUCUGGGUGUCCGAACAAUGAAGUUGAUGACAAACAACCCUGCGAAGUAUAUCGGGCUCAAGGGUUAUGGUUUGACAGUUGUAGGUAGGGUUCCACUGUUAACCACAAUCACAAAGGAAAACAAGAGGUAUCUAGAGACCAAACGCUCGAAAAUGGGCCAUAUCUAUGGUGUAGAAUUCAAUGGCCGCUUAAGUAACCUUAUCAGUAAAUCUCGCGUUGACACAGCAUCAGAUGCUACUGCUAACCGAUAAGAAGGUUGCUCUGGCUUUGAUCAUCCACAAGCCAACUGUAAGAUCUUAAGCUCCUUAACAUGACAGAAUGGGAAAGUUACCCAUUGAUUUAACUACAUAGAUGAGUUCAAAUUCUUCCAUUUCAUACUCAAGUCAAAAAAGAAAAAAGCAUAACGAUGAUUAUGCACUUAGAAAAGAUUUGUUGAAAGUUAUGUUGGUUGCUCUGAAGAUCUAUUCAUUAAUUUUCUUCCUAUGAUGUAAAAUUAGACGCCAGAAUUCCCAUUUAUGCAAUGAAAUAUAUAUAAUGUUCUUUGA